UCUCCAAUGCUUCCUUAAUUCAUCUUUCUUCUUCAUCUCCUCUUGUACGAGCUGCAAAUUUGCUGUUUAGUCCUCUCUCUCUCUCUCUCUCUCUCUCUCUCUCUCUCUCUAUAUAUAUAUAUAUCUUGUUUUUUUUUCACACGUAAUUUCAAAUGGGUUCUUCUGCUACUUUGAAUGUGGCGUCACUGAUCAAAUUCACGCCUGUUUCUUCAUCAAAUUGCAAUUUCAAUGGCGAAAUUAAUUAUGGGUUUCACGUCAAAGGAACCAAGUCGCUCACCAAGCUCUCAGCUUUCUCUCCCAAUGGCUCUGUUUCUCGCUCUUGUUCCAAUGGGGCUGCGAGUUCAGUGGGAGAUGCGCAUAGACGAAGAAGCAGUCUUGAAUCCCUGUUUUGUUAUGAUAAGGCUGUGCCAGAAGAGAGAAUUGAGAAGCCUGUUGGAAUAUCUUUGGCUGAAAAAUUAAUCGGAGACAACCCCCGAUGCAAUGAUUGCCAUGCAAAGGGUGCCGUCCUUUGCUCCACUUGCUCUGGUUCAGGCUUGUAUGUUGACUCAAUAUUGGAGAGCCAGGGGAUUAUUGUUAAAGUCCGGUGCCUAGGUUGUGGGGGAACUGGUAACAUUAUGUGCUCAGAUUGUGGAGGGCGAGGUCAUCUGUGACUAAAAUGACUGCUGUGGUUCAUGUCUCUUCUUCUGUUGGAUUGAUUCUUCUUUUUCAAGUUGUAUACUGUAAUAUCUCACAAUUCAUACUCUUUGUAGCCUUUGUUAAAUUUACAUGGAAUGGAAGUAAUAUUGUAAUGCAUUUGAUUCCA